GUGAUGUUGGGUGGUUUUGUGUUUCAAAGAAUUCAAAAUGGUUGUCUGUACAUGGAGUCUCUUUGCUCCAACAAGCGAUUAGUGAAAUACUCACCAAGAAUUGUGCACGAUUACAUUCAGAAUAACCAUGUCUAGGUUUCUUUUCUCCUCCUUGAAGAAUCGCUCUGCAGAAACUCUGAAUCUACUUAAACGGUCUGGUCAAAGUAAGCGAUUUCACUCUUCCAGCUACUUGAGAUCAGCAAGAAGGACAACUAUUCCUACUGUGACUGAGCCGAUACCAACUUCUCAUUCAUGGCGUUCAUAUAUAAUUCCAACUGCUUUACUUGGAGGAAUUGGUGGGGCGUUAAUAUUUCUUCAUUAUAAUGACGAGAGGAGAGCAAUUCCAAAAGGCCAGGGAAAAGACUGUCAAAGAUGUACCAACGAGGGACCCAUAAUUGGUGGCCCUUUCAGUCUGAUUGAUACAGAGGGUCGGCUAGUUACAGAACGGAACCUCAGGGGUAACUGGGUUCUUCUCUACUUUGGUUAUACAUCAUCUCCAGACAUUGGGCCAGCAGAAGUGCAAAAAAUGGCCAACGCUAUUGACGUAUUAGAGUCGAAAAAGAACCUUAAGGUUCUUCCCGUAUGUGUGACAAUUGAUCCUCAGCGGGAUAACCCUUCACAACUCCGUGCUUAUCUUAAAGAGUUCGACGCGAGAAUAGUGGGAUUAACAGGACCAGUUGCUGCUAUAAGACAGAUGGCACAGCAGUACCGUAUAUUUUUUAGGAAGGUUGAAGAGGAAGGGGAUGAUUAUCUUGUUGAAUCUUCCCACAACAUGUAUUUGAUGAACCCGAACAUGGAAAUAGUGAGAUGCUUUGGAGUGGAGUACAAUGCAGAGGAGCUAUCAGAAGCAAUAGUCAAGGAGCUAAAGAAAACCGGAACGUAAUUGGGGUCCAGGCAGGCAUUAAAGUUUAGAUGCUGGUACAACAUUUUUUGGUGUGACACAAACGAAAUGUGAGUUAGUGGUUGCUAGAGGUGGUUCGAUUCAUGUUACACAUUGACAAUGAAGUAGUUUGUUACAUAUUAUAGGACGUAUGAGGUUUAGAAACACAAAUGAAUUUUAUUAGAACCGGAGGAAAUCAAAAAGGCGAUCAGUUAUUUUUUCCCGAAGGAUACUCUUAUAAUCUUCAUCUUCUUCUAACUAACUUUAUAUAUUGCACCAAUGAUGAAGUCUAAUUUGGCCAAGGCCAAACUACUGGAGGUUGCUUGGUGCUUGGGCUUUUCGGGGUUUUCUCAACGGCCAAGUUCAAGUAUGUGAAAUUUCACACAGUCGGGAGCACAAAUCCAAUGUCCCAUUACAUUGGACGCACAAUUUUAUGGGUCACAAUGUGUGUAUAUUUUCUCCAAUUUAGUUUAUUGGUGAUUGAGCAUGGAGGGGCUUGAUGUUUUAGAUGGUGUAAACUUGCUUAUCUUCCAUGAGUUUAUUGUUUCUUAUCCUCAGAUAUAAGUUGCAUAUUUUGUUUUCCUAAUAUAUAGGACUAUAAUAGUGAACCUUCUAUUGCUA